UUUCCAAACUGCAAUAAUUGAAUUUUUGGCUUAGUUAUGAAUAAUUUAAUACAAGGUUUAGUGCGUUCCCUUUCCUUCAGUAUGUGUCCCAUCUUAUCUCUUUAACAAAUUUCCUGCAGGUGCUCCCGCAGACAAUCACUCUUCUUUGUGCUCCCAGUUUCCGUUCCAUGCUCUAGCUUAUCUUUAUAUUGAAACCCAAGGCAAACAUUGCCGCACAGAGAGUGGUGACGCCUCACUUCCUCGUAGCCCCCACACCAAGUUCAUUGCCGUGUGUAAACACCUGAGAGCUCACAAGGCGGCGGCGCAGGUGUUUCUGGGCUUCUGUAACUGGUUGCUCAUUGGGUAAGGUCAGUGUCGCCACUCGCUGGGCUAGGCUGGCCUGGGCUCUAUAAAUGUUUGUGUAAUGGGCUUCUGAGCUCCAGUACAGGAGAGUCAACUGAUCGAGAUGCAAGCUGCUCUGCUUCUGCUGACGAUGAUGUGGACGCUUUGGAUACCGGAGAUUGCGGCAGCGGCGGUGGAGGAGCAACUGGAGUUGCAACGCAAUCCGCGCGUGGUCGGCGGACAUCUCAGCGAUGUGCGGAAUCAACCGCAUAUGGUCAAUAUACGGCGGCGUGGCAAUUUCGAAUGCGGCGGCUCCCUGAUCACGUCGCAGUGCGUCCUCACCGCCGCUCAUUGCCUGAAUGACGGGCCGCCCUCCGAUUUCGUGGUCCGCGGCGGAGUCACCUAUCUGAGCGACAUGAGCAAUGCACGCUACGUCCGGAAGGUAUUGUUACCGUCGGCCUACAGUCGCACCACCUUGGACCAUGAUGUGGCUAUACUGCAGCUCCAGCAGCCGCUCCAGGCCUCCAUUGCUCGUCCUAUAGGAUUGGCUUUGAACUCACCGCGUCCGGGUAGCUUUGUAAGAGUCUCCGGCUGGGGUUUGACCGACUCCGACUCCACGACGCUGCCCAAUCAGCUGCAUAGCGUCCAUGUGAAGGUGAUGCCGCAACGCGAAUGCCGGAACUUGUACCGUGGCUAUCGAAACAUCACCACGACCAUGUUCUGUGCCUCGGUGCCGGGACUAAAGGAUGCCUGUGCCGCCGAUUCAGGCGGACCUGUGGUCAAUGCACACGGCUUCCUCGUGGGCGUCGUGUCCUGGGGUAGGGCGCAUCGCUGUGCAGCGGCGGACAGUCCCGGUGUUUACUCCGAUGUGAAUUACCUAUCCGACUGGAUAGUCGAUAACAUGCACAGGUACUGCUAAGAGCUGCU